AUGAGCUGGCACCCGCCGAUCAAGUCCGACAUCAACACGCUAUCCACCGCCAUCAAUGGUACGGGCGUGUACGGCUUCGUCUUCAACACCAGCCAAGGUCCGCUUAAUACCUACGAUUGGUGCAACAUGCCGCAUACGAACGUGCAGACGUACCCUAAGGUCAACGACAGUAGCUACCAAUUGCAGUAUGUGGAGGUGCUUCACCGCCACCAUAAGAGGACGCCUUAUGCGGCGAACACCUUUCCUGUGGAGAAUUAUCCUUGGUACUGCAGCGACGAAGGCUUGGUCUACGGCAGCAAGACUAUCAAUCCCUACGGCAAUACGUCCGCCGAGACUUACUGGGAGGUGUACACCUCGCAGUCCAACCCUCUGGUACCUACGGGCUUCAACGGAACCUGUCAGUUCCCUCAGAUUACCCGCGGAGGUCUGGAUGACAGCCAUCAGCACGGCGUAGACUUAAAGGCCGUCUACGCGGAUAUGCUGGGCUUCCUGCCGUCGCAGUACAACGGCAACCUCGUCUCUUACCGCGUUACAAACAACGUCAUCACCUCUCAAGUUGCCGCCAUGCUCAUUGCGGGCAUGUACCCGGAACGUACAAACAUGGACCAGCCGCUGCUCAUCCAGCCAGCUAGCAUCGACUCGCUCGAACCAGCAUACACCUGCGCCCGAGCCAGCGCACUCUUCAGCUCAUACGGUUCUGGCUCCACAUCCCCAGCAUGGCUCGAGCAUCUAAACUCUGCGGCGCCGCUUUACGCUCGCCUAGACAAUAUCUCCGGCAUCAGUCCAACCACCAGCGCCUGGCACGUGUCUUUCGACCACUACUUCGACAAUCUCUCGGCCCGCCUAUGUCACAGCAAGCCCCUGCCUUGCAACGUCAACAACACUGCCCUCUGUGUCAGCCAGACGGAUGCGAACGAAGUCUUCCGAUUGGGCGAGUACGAAUACAGCUUCAUUUACCGCGAUUCGAACAACUCCCUGCCAGCCAGCGUAGGCAGCUAUGGUAUCUGGGUCGCCGAGCUCGCACAAAAUCUCCGCGCGGCGAUGGGCCAGGGUUCUUCCAGCGUCAACGUCACCUCUGAUCGCAUCCGCUACAGGCACAAUAUCGCUCAUGACGGUUCGGUCUCGCGGCUGCUUUCCAUCCUGCAGAUUAGCCAGAUGGUUUGGCCGGGUAUGGGGUCCGAGGUCGUCUUCGAGCUGUACAGCAGACAAGGGUGCUACUUUCUGCGAGUCCUGUGGGGGGGCCAGAUCAUGACGAGCAGCAACCCGAGCUUGGGCAGGAUGGAUAUGGUACCGAUCGGUACGGUCUUGGCAUAUUUUGACGGCUUGGUGGGCGUCAAUGCCACUAAGAUCCCUGCUUACUGCAGGUCGUGA